AUGGCAGUUCAGAAACGAAAGGUGAGAUUCAAUGUGGGUGGCACGAUAUUCGAAACGACGGCGACAACCCUUUCUAAUGCCGGUGCUGAUUCGUUACUCAAAGCCAUGUUAGAUGAUGCCUGGUCAGCACAAUAUGAGGAAUUUGGAGAGCAUUUCAUUGAUAGAGACCCUGCUUGCUUCAAUGUCCUUCUUCAUCUUCUUCGAACCGGCGAGCUUCAUGUUCCUCCAACCAUUCCCGACUUGCUUCUCUUUAAAGAAGCUCAUUACUAUGGACUUCUAGACCAGGUUCGCUCGGCCAGAAACGUCGAGUUAGACGGUGAGAAUCUCAAACUUGCAUCCUCCAUAACUGGAAGAACUUUGCUGAAAGAUCAUUCAUUAAUAAGAGCAAGUGCCAAUGGUAGUUGCUCAAUUGCUAAUGGCAGAGUUUUUCAUGUCUAUGAUUGGAUGCUCCAAGAACUCUCAAUUGGAAACCUUGAUUAUAUGAAGAUUGUGGACAUGGAGUGGUAUGAUUCAGAAAACAUCUUAAUCAGUGGUCAAAAGCAUUCAAAUCCAAACACUUUUGGUGAUGGUGGUGGUGGAAUUGGUCUCUUCAAUCCACAAACUGCUGAACUUAAACAUAGAUUUAAGCUCACUCGAACUUCGUCUCCUUAUAGAUUUCAUGGAGGAGAUAAUCAAUUUUCGAUAACGAAACCUGGAAAUCUGGCAAUCAACAAGUCAAACAACAAAAUAUUUUGUUGUUGUAAAGAUGAUUCAUACACAAAAGUGGAUGGCAUUGGAGUUUGGGAUACAACAACAGGACAGCAAAUUGAUUUCUUAGAAGCUGAACGUAAUAGUGAGCUUGGCGACACUUUCAAGCUUCAAUGGCUGCCAAGUAACAACUGUUUAGUAGCGGUGAUUGGCAGUCCUCGAAGCAAUGGAAUAAGGAUAUUCGAUCCAAGAGCGACAGAAACAAAUUCGAAUCAUUGGGAACACCAUCCAUACCAGGUGAUACAUCAAGGAACAUUAGUAGAUGCAAUGGGGAUUGAGGAAAUGAACUGUGUUUGUGUAAUGGAUGAGAAUGGUUUUUUUAGUUUUGUGGACUUGAGAAAGCUUGGAGGUGAAUCUCAAAUAAACAGAGUUUGGAGGAGCUCUGAAAAAGAAGAGAAAAGGGAAUGGUUUCCUUCGUCAGUUGAGAGUGUGUUCAUUGAACAUGGUGGAAAGCCAAAGCUGGGAUGGCAUGGAGGGAAGGUGUUUCGUUCUAUAAAUAGUGUCAUUUCAGUGUAUUGUGGGUUUGGAUUUGAAUGGGAAUUGGCUUCUCAAGUUCAACCCAAAUAUGGAGGAGGACUCAUCCAUGACUUUUCUAUAGGAGGGGAUAGGUUGUUUUCACUUCAAGGUUUGGAAUAUAAUCUCUAUGAGAUUAAUGUAUGGGAAACACCACCAUCACCAUUGCCACCAUUACUAAUAUAG